UGGGCGUGUGGGAAAUAAGUUUGUCUCUGUUUAUUGAACCUCACCAUUGUCAUUCGACAGUAGAUCAGAUGGCCUGGCUAGGGUCGACGGUGCAAUCCACCAAUGUAGAGCUCGUCUCAAUUAUCGAGGAAAUGAGGGAAAGAAAGUCCCUGCUCGACGAAAAAAUAGCGGAAGACCAGAAAGAGAAGGCCGCAAUAGUUGCUGACAUUAGCAAACUGAACGCGCGCCUAAAGUCGCUGGACGAACGUUUAUCGGGCCGGAUAAAAGAAAGCUACAAGCUGGAUGAGAUGAUAAACGAAACAUGCACCGGGUUCAACAGCAUUUUAGAUGCCUCUCAGAAACUAUUGUUAUCCGUAAAGGAAAAAUCGUCACAUCUCGACUCUGCCACUCGCGAAAAUGGACAAGCGCGAUAAGGUAUCUUGUAUGUUGUUUCAUCGUUCCUUCGAAUUCAAUAUACGGUAAAUAGAAUUCCAUAACUUUAUUACGUAUAGAAAUGAAAAAU